CCGCGCAUUCCCGCCCGCAUGGCGUCCGCCACGGAGGCCCCCGGCGCCCUGGCGUCGCUGCCGCCGCGGCUGCUGGAGGCUGCGGCCUGCUCGCUGGCGGCGGUGCGGUAUCGCCCCUCGGCGACCUGGCUGGAGGGGCUGGGCGGGGCGCUGGAGGCCCGCUGGACCACCUUCUCUCCCUCCCAGCUGGCCGCCACCCUGGUCGGCGCGGCUGCCUGCGGCCUCACCGCCCUGCCGCCCGCAGCCCGCACGCAGCUGCUGCCCCGCCUCAUCGCGGCGGCCACCGCGCCCGGCAGCGCCACAUCGCCCGGAACCCUGGCCCAGCUGGUGUGGAGCGCGGGGCACUUUGGGUGCUGCCUGCAGGAGCCCCAGCCUGAGCCCUGCAUGGAGGAGGGGGAGCGCAGGACGGCAGCAGCAGCCAUCAGCCCUCGGACUAGCCCAGUGGCAUUGUACGGCAGCAGCGACAGCGGCAGCAGUAGCAGCAUGCCGGCGGCUUCAGCAGCAGUAGCACCCGCUGUCGUAUUGCUGCAGAACGCUCAGGACUCACAGCGGCAGCAGCAGCAGCAAGGCGGUACCCGUGCUACUGCAGAGGCUGUGCU